UCUACCACCACCAUCAGAAUGUCUGGCAAGCCUGCUUCACGAUUUGAUCCCAACUUCACCAAGCAUUGCAUUGACACAAUUGACCCCAAUAUCACCCCUCGGAACCGAUUGGUUAUGUCCAUCUGAUCAGCCAUCUCCAUGAUUUUGCACGAGAAGUUGAGCUCACAGUGGACGAGUGGAUGAUGGUCAUGCAGUUUGCGAACCACGUUGCACAAAUGAGCACCUCGACAAGACACCAGGGCCACCGUAUUUCCGACGCGCUUGGUCUGGAAUCACUUGUCGACGAAAUUGCCCACAAACUCCUCAUUGACGGCGCAAACCCCACAUCCUCCUCGAUUCUCGGCCCCUUCUGGUCACCUAAACGCUCCGUUCCACGAACUCGGCGGCAGCAUCAACCAAGAUCCAGCACCAGAUAGACACUCAACUCUGUUGCAUGGCAAAGUCGCAGAUCUCGUGAUCGGAAAGGGCAUUCCAGGCGCUGUGUUCGAUAUGUGGCACACGUUUGCAAACGGGAAAUAUGAGUUCUAGGACCCGGAAAACCAGAGCGACAGCAACCUGCGAGGGAAGUUCAGAUGUGAUGAGAAUGGAGAGUGCAAAUUCUACUGCUUGAAGCCUGCGGCCUGCUCGUUGCCCACUAAUGGACGUGCUGGU